CAACAACAUGGCGGCCACCUGGGUGAUGUUUGUCUCACAUAUUUAGCCUCAGCCUGGGCUCUACAGCCCAGCUACAACAUGAAUAGAGGUUUAUGUUAUAGUAUAUGUGGCAGAUGCGAGGGAGAACGAGAGAAGGAUGAGAUUCCACACAGAAGUAGCAUAUUGGUAGAGCAGAAAACAGAGAAACAGUGUUGUCUUUAUCACAGAAAAUUCAGUAUACACACUGCCAAAUACUGUACUGAAAAGCUGCAAUACGUAAAGGAUUUGCUAAAACGAAAUCAUCUUCAUGAUAAGAAUUAUUGCUGAAGAAUAGUCUGUUGAUACAGCAUUCCAACACCAGUGGGUGGCACGACUCUGUAAUCUGAAUACAAAAUACAAGCGCUUCAAAAUCUAGUCACCAUGGAUCCUGCCUCUUUCAACAUGACAGCCUUUUGUGGCACUUCAGAUUUUAAUCCCUGGGAUAAGAAGAGACUCAACUUUGGUGUGUGCUUCCAGAAAGCUGUGAUUAUUGUGCCAGUUUUUGCUUUUCUGGCAGUCGUCUCGGCUUUCUUUAUGGGCAGAGAGUCUGCAUGGGUGGUCCGCAGACGCAAGCAGAUCCUGAUAAUUUACAUGAGGAUGGCAAUAAGUGUUCUCUCCCUUCUGAUGGUUAUUUUGGAGCCCAUUCUGCUCUUCUAUGUUGGCCACACCAACAUAUACUGGGUCGAUGGCCUCGUUAUUGGAGUCCAGACAGUGUCAUGGCUGGUUCAUCUGGGUUACCUCAAUUCAUUGCUGAGUCGGCUAAGUAUUGGCACCCGUGGCCCCACGAUUGUCAUCAUUGCCUGGCUGCUUACCUUCCUCUGUGCCAUUAACUUAGCAAGAACUGCUUGGUAUGACAUAAAUGGCAUGUCAAAAGUCACCGAAAAUAUUUCAAGAUACAUGGCUUUAACUCAGCUAUGUUUGCAGAUUUUGUAUCUGUUUACACUGUUCCCAAAAGGGAGUGCAGGAGUGUCCCAUUACCAAGAGUUGUACAAUGAAGCCACUGAGACCACCCCACUUAUGGAUACAUCUUAUAAUGACUACAGUCGUUUUCACGAAGCCGCUGACCCUUUCAACCUGGGUAUAGCGGAAGAGAGAGUCAACAUGCUGUCAUACAUAACCUUCCAUUGGGUAAAUGCCCUCAUGCAGAAGGGCAGCCUGGGUAACCUCCGCACCCAAGACGAUCUUCACGACCUUCCUGUACAAAUGCGUACAGAUGUUAUAGCCCAGAAGAUUCACAAAACUAUGAUGAUCAGCCAGCCAUUACCAAGUUAUGAAUCAGAGAGACCUCCUCAACAGAAGCACUUCUUCCUCAAAGCUCUCCACAAGUGUUUUGGCGUGCAGUUCUACAGUAUUGGUCUGGUGAAGCUGGCUGGUGAUUCUUUGAGCUUCUCAGGGCCUCUUCUGUUGCAUGAACUAGUCACCUUCAUCGAAAACAAGGACGAAGACAUCUUGAAAGGUUAUGCAUAUGCAGGAGGGCUGUGUGUGGUAGCCCUUAUAGCCACUUUCUGCAGUAUUCACUUCAACUACUUGCUGGCUAAGGUUAGCUUGCGUGUCCGCGCUGCUGUAAUCACUGUUUAUCGAAAGGUUCUUCAGGUCAACGCUGCUAACCUGAGCAAAUUUUCAACUGGCGAGGUGGUCAAUUUAAUGAGCACAGAUACAGACAGAAUCGUAAAUUUCUGCCAGUCUUUCCAUGCCUUAUGGAGUCUGCCUCUGCAGCUUGCCGUGACACUCUACCUGCUCUACCAGGAAAUUGGAAUUGCCUUCAUAUCGGGUGUCGCAGUGAUUAUUAUCCUAAUUCCCAUCAAUAAAUGGCUUGCCUCAAAAAUAGGUAAAUUAAGUGUGGAAAUGAUGGCAUUCAAGGACCGCCGUGUUGGCCUCAUGUCCGAGAUCCUGAGCAUGAUCAGGAUGGUGAAACUCAAUGCCUGGGAAGGAACAUUUAAACACCGUAUAAAUGAUGAGCGUUACGGUGAGGUGAAGGCUUUGGCCGGCCGCAAGUACCUGGAUGCUGCAUGUGUAUACUUUUGGGCUGCCACACCAGUCCUCAUACCCAUUGUUACCUUCACAGUGUACAUUGCUCUGGGCAACCCCUUAGAACCAGCACGUGUGUUCACAGCUGUGGCACUAUUCAACAUGCUAAUAAUGCCACUGAAUUCAUUCCCAUGGGUGAUCAAUGGGAUAGUAGAGGCCUGGGUCUCCCUCAAGCGUGUGGAGCGCCUCAUGCAGCUUCAAGAAUUAGAUUUGAUGAACUACUAUACAGUAGUGCCAGAGAUGGGCCACAAGGACUCGGAACUGCAAGUUCUCAUUAAAAACGGAGCCUUCACUUGGAAUGGUUCUGUUAACCAUGAGAACCAGGAAUACAGGUACUACCAGACAUCGGAUGGAGCCUACAGGAGUUCACCCACAGAAUCUGAUGAGUCUCUUAUUGAAUCUCACAGCGGGAGUGAUGAUCAAGACCAAGCAAUGCUACCUAUACUUAAAGCAGUCAACAUACAGCUCUCUAAGGGCCAAGUGGUGGCUAUUGUGGGUCGCGUUGGGUCAGGAAAGACGUCCAUCAUCAAUGCAUUACUGGCAGAAAUGGCCAAAUCUCAUGGAGUUGUGGCAGUGGCAGCACUUCACAAUGGUUUUGGCCUUGCAACACAACGUCCGUGGAUUCAAAAUGGAUCAAUCAAAGAUAAUAUUCUUUUUGGCAGCAGUUUAGACAUCAGUCGAUAUAGAACUGUGCUGUCAGUCUGUGCUUUGGAUGAGGAUCUCUGUGGUCUUCCUCUAAGAGACAACACACUCUGUGGUGAAAAUGGAUCAUCAUUAAGUGGUGGCCAGAAAGCUCGCGUUGCUUUGGCUCGUGCAGUCUACCAGAACAAAAGCAUUUACCUGCUUGAUGAUGUUUUGUCUGCCGUUGAUGGUCCAGUAGCCCAGCACAUCAUGCGACACUGUAUCCAUGGGUUCUUGGCAGGCAAAACAGUGUUGCUUGCCACUAACAAUGUCAAUCUCCUUACCAAGACUGACUGGAUCAUUAAUGUACAGAAUGGCACUGUUGAAUCUCAAGGACCUCCAGCAGUUAUUUUACCAAAGCUGCUGUCAGGCGAGGAACUGUCAGAUGACUGGUGGGACGAGGCAACAGAUCCUAAGUUAUCUGGAGCCAUCAAUCGCAGACUCUCGGUGGAUAUAUUUGCUACAGGAUAUGGAAGGAGCACCGAAUCAUCACAUAGGAGUGAUACUGAAGAAGAACGUGACUUUGGCGAGCUGAGCGGUGCAGUCUACUGGACUUACAUUUCAGCAGUGGGUGGAUUACUCGCGGUUGCAAUCUUUAUUGCCAUUAUACUAAUGCAGACCUCCCGCAACCUCACUGACAUGUGGCUGGCACACUGGGUGUCACAUGCCACUGCUGGAAAUAACUCUGGUUUGUCUUUGUUCGCUGAUGGUAGUAUAACUUCAUGGACAGAUACAGGAACUAAACCUCUUCCCUCAAAAUUAGCCGGGUCGAUUACGGAUAAUAUACACUGGUUUACUUCCAUCAACCCCAUGAAUCAGUUUCUGGCCGCACAAGGAUUAUCCAAGUCUGAUCCUUCCUCGAAUGUAGAUCCCAGCACCAAGUUCUACCUUACCGUUUAUGGUAUUUUGGCGGCUUCCAACUCUAUCUUUACAUUGAUGAGAGCUUUCCUCUUUGCCUAUGGGGGUAUCUGCGCUGCUAAAUUCCUCCACAGACAACUUCUGGAUGCUGUUCUUUAUGCCAAGAUUUCAUUCUUCGAUAACAACCCAAUGGGUCGCAUCCUCAACCGAUUUUCGUCUGAUCUCUACACAGUAGAUGACUCUCUACCCUUCCAGAUGAACAUAUUCUUUUCCCAGGUUUUUGGAUUAAUAGGUUCCGUAGUGGUGACUAUAUAUGGUAUGCCAUGGAUUACAUUGUUGUACAUUCCACUGGCCUUUCUGUAUUACACCAUCCAAAACUAUUACCGUCAUACUUCUCGGGAUCUGAAGAGGCUUCAUGCCGUUUCCCUCUCACCCUUGUAUGCACACUUCACUGAAACACUGCAGGGUCUUCCUGUAAUUCGUGCCAUGAGAGCUGUGCAUAGAUUCAGCGUAAGAGCAGAUAAUCUUCUGGAGGUGAGCCAGCGUGCGCAGUUUGAUAUCCAGAUUGCCUCACAGUGGCUGAACUUAAGACUACAGCUGAUUGGACUCUCCAUGUUGGCAGGGGUGUCAGUUCUUGCCCUCCUUCAGCACAACUUUGGAGUUGUUGAUGCAAGCCUGGUUGGUUUGGUGAUAUCUUAUGCCCUGACGGUGAGCAGCUUUCUUAAUAACGUUGUCGGGUCACUCACUGAAACAGAACGAGAACUGGUUAGUGUAGAGCGAGUCCACCAAUAUCUGAAGGGUACGGAACCAGAGCGACGGGAAGGCACCAUCCUUCCACCACUUGGUUGGCCGAGUCAUGGCUUGAUCAGGUUCCACAACGUCUACUUGAGAUAUCAGUCCCAUAACCCAUAUGCACUCAAAAAAGUGAACUUUGAAAUUGGUACAUCAGAGAAGGUUGGAAUAAUAGGUCGAACUGGAGCUGGGAAGAGCUCCAUAUUUGUGGCAUUAUUCCGUUUGGUGGAGCUGAGCCGGGGACACAUCUUCGUGGAUAAUGUGGACAUCUCAAAAUUGAGCCUUAAAAAAUUAAGAUCCAUCAUGGCCAUAGUAACCCAAGACUCAUUCCUGUUUAGCGGAACCGUCCGAGAGAAUUUAGAUCCCUGUGGGGAUUCCUUAGAUACUCAGAUAUGGCAUGCCAUACAGUUGUGUCAUCUAACAACGCUGGUGCAAAACAUGGGUGGAUUAGAGGCUCGCAUAGAAGAAGCAGGACGAGCAAUGUCAUCAGGGGAGAGACAGCUGUUCUGCCUGGCCCGGGCGCUACUCUGCCGCACCAAGAUUGUUUGUAUAGAUGAAGGGACCUCACAGCUGGACAAUGAAACUGAUGAGCAGAUUCAACAAACUAUCCGUAGUGCCUUCCGUAACAAGACAGUUUUGAUCAUUGCUCAUCGUGUACACACUGUCCGUGACUGUGAUACAAUUUUAGUGAUGAGUGAUGGAGAGAUAGUGGAAUGUGGACCCCCAACAGAACUGCUGUCUGAUAGAAGCUCGAUGUUCUACUCAAUCGUUCAGUCACAGUGAGACCUGCUAACUGAAAAAUUAAAUAAAAUUUGUGCUUAAGUAUAAGAGCAGACAAAAUUUUAAUAAAUUUUGUAUGAGGAUACAUAUGUUACAUUAUCCUUUACAAAAUUCAUUGCAAAAUAGGAGUGCCAAACCAUCCUGAACACAAGCACGUGGUAUGGGACUUUUGAUGGUUUGGCAGUCAGAUGUCUGAAGCAAGUCAUUUACUGUGUGAAAUGUAAGUGACAUCAAUCUCUUCACCUUGUGCUCAAGUGGGAAUAAUGAAAAACAAAAUUAUAAAUAAAAUUCAGAAUUACAGUAUAUUCGUAUGUAAAAUAACAUUGUAUGGUAAUUUACAGCCGACUUUUAAUAAGUUUUCAUUCUUUGAAUGAACAACUUUGAUCAGUAGGCUCUGCAAUAUUGAAUAUUUCUUGAGCCUCUGAAUUCUUUUAUGUUAUUUUCAGUAAAUAUUGUUUUAUGUUGCUAUUAACAAUUGUGACAUUAAUUACUCUAGUGUAUUUAUUGAUGAUAAUUGCUUUUAUUUAUGGUUUAUUAUUUUCUGUUGAUAGUUGCUUGUACUGUUUAAUAUUUCAUGAGGACCCAGAUAUAUUUGUUUAGAUGAGUAAAGGUAACAACUAGACAUAUGGAAAUCUCACACUGUUGUGAACAUGGUGUUGUGUGGAUACACUGCCACUGAACCACCAGCUGUUCAAACAUUACCCUUAUGGGUUUAGUGCUUGGUUAUAAUUAUAUAUGGUGUCCAAACGUUCUGAAUGCAGACUAAUAAAAGAUCUGGCUUGGAUUUUUGGUGGUACAGUGGUAGCAUCUCUGCCUCCCAUGUGAGCACAGUACGUUACUUACCGUUCAGUUGCACAUUCAGAUUAAAUUGAAGUGAAUACUGCCAAUGUAUACACGCCAGGUCUUGAGUUACUCAAUGAUACACGAUCAGGCCAAAAUUGUGGGCCUCAUUAAUAAAAGUGCAUAAAGUUAGCCAUUGCCCUUGAGCAAGCUAAUUUUGGGGGGGUUUUCUACAAAAAUAUGUAAGCUAUUAUUUAUUUUAUUUAUAGAUAUGAGUAAAUCAUAUUUUUUUUAUAUUAUCUAUAGCAUAGUGAAAUAUGCAAAACAGGUUCAGCUGCUUUGACUAAAAACCCAUGACAUUUCUAAGUUUGGGAGCAAGGGGCUAGUAACUCCUCCUGUAUAAAGAAAAACUUUCGUUUUUCUUUUUAAAUUUAAAAAGAAUUUAGUGGGAUACAGCUGUAUAGCCCUUGUGGCUUAGCGCUUCUUUUUGAUAAUAAUAAUAUUAUUAUUAUUAUAUCAAAAAGAAGCGCUAAGCCACAAGGGCUAUACAGCGCGAUAAUAAUAAUAAUAGUGGGAUACAGCUGGUUUAUUAGAAAAAAAUCUAAGUUUAUCACCUUGUGACAAACUCAUCAUUAUUAUUAUUAUAUUCAUAACCAUGUUGAUGAAUCUGCAUCAUUGGCAAUACUGUAGCAAUGUAAAAGAAUUAAGCAUUUUGAGAAUUUUUUUCCCAUUCCACCAAGCAUUUGUGCCAUGUGAAACUGUGUGUAACUAUAUCAUAGCAUAUGCUACUCACAUAAAUUAAAAGUUUCACUGUUACUCAGUAUUUAUUUCAUAACUGUAUUAAGUAAUAAUUGCCUUGACCUGCCAGUGAUAGUGUUACACUAUAUUAUGCUUGUAUUCUGUAUAAAAUACUGCAUAUAUUAAAUAAUUUAAAUUUAUCCCAGAGUAAAUGCGAGGAGCAUUUGUGGAUUUGGAAAAUCUAUUUAAGUGGAUCAGGGACCAAUGUGGCAGUGGUUGUAUAUAUCUAUAUAUAUAUAUUAUAGAUUAGGUUAUAAGUUGUUGAAAGCUGUAAAUUUUUUUAUUAAAGAUUUAAAGUUUAAUUUUUUUUUAAGGGAGGUUAACACUAUAUGACCCCUAAAUACCAAUGACUACUUGACUUCACUGAUUGCUGGCCUCAAGGUGAUCAUAAUCUUAUCUGUAAAUUGUAUUAACUACACCACCACUUAAGCAAGUGUAGUGGUUCCCAACUAACAUUUUUUGCACGACUCUUAUUUUAUUUAACAUGUCAAAAUAAAAUUUAAUUGUGGGCAGUGGCAGCACUGCAGCACCCCAUAUUUUAACGCAAUAUUAUCAAUAAUAUUGAAUAUAAUGAGUCUUUUUCUC